AUGGGAGAUGUUGUCACGCCUUCUACCAACAGACAGCCGCACUGGAUGAGCCACAACUAUGACAGUGACACCAUGGUGAAAACUGGAACUGAACUGGAGUUUGUAGACAAUGCCCCUCCCAUUCCCUCUCUCCCUCACUCUCUGUUUUGUUGGGGUACAACAGCUCCUGCUCCUGAGAGCCAACCACUCUUAUCUCUCUCUCCCCCUCACAGCACACUCCCUUCCUCUCUCUCUCUCUCCCAGCCUUUGCUGCUCCCCUGUUUCCUGCUGUGUUUCCUCAUCCCUUCUUCAGAGCCAUCUCACUCCCACUCUCAACUCGGAUCUACAAACCAGCUCUCCAAGGAAAUGGCUUCUAAACGGCAAAUGGGCUACAAGUGUCGCAUAGCAGGAGUGCUGCUUCUACUUUUGGCCAGCAUUGCUGCCCUUGUUGCUGUUGCUGUCAUCCAGGACACGUGGAAGUUCAAAGAGUACAGCUUAGAGUAUGGCAUAGUGAUAGACUCCGGCUCAUCACGUUCCAAUGUGUACCUGUACGAGUGGCCGGGGGAGAAGCAGAAUGAAACAGGAGUUGUGACCGAGAUAAUGAACUGUCGCGUUUCUGGUGCUGGUAUCUCAGAGAUGAAAGUUGACCCACAGAAAGAUGAAGCCUCGUGGAAUGGAUUCCGUGAAUGCAUGCGCAACGUCACAAAAGCCAUUCCUGUUGAAAAACACAAAACCACAAUUCUCUUUCUGGGAGCGACUGCUGGAAUGAGACUGCUGCAUGAGAAGGAUGAAGAGAAGUCAGAUGAAAUCCUGGGAAGUCUCAGAGAAUACCUGAAAACGUUGCCUUUCAACUUCCAAAAUGCUUCCAUCCUUUCUGGUCAAGAAGAAGGUCUGUACGGGUGGGUCACGGUCAACUACCUCAUGGGAAACCUCCUAACGAAAAACCUUUGGAACCUCUACGCAAACCCCGAAGGUGAAAAGACGAUAGGGUCCAUGGACCUCGGUGGAGCGUCUACACAGAUUGCCUUCGCAGUCCAGGAGGAUUUAAGGGGACCUGACUACUUGCAUGUCAAACUGUACGGUUACCCUUACAAUGUCUACACACACAGUUUCCUCUGCUAUGGCAAAAAUGAGGCUGGGAAGAGGAUUCUGGACAAAAUAGUGAAGGAAUCAUCCGACCCAUCCUACAUUAUUAACCCCUGCUACCCUGAAGGUUACAAUGUCACCAUGAUGGCCUCGGAAAUUUAUGACACAGAGUGCACAAAGAAGCCAAAGGACUACAACCCAGAUCGAGAACUCUUCAUGGUGGGAACCUCCAACUCAGACAAGUGUGGCAGCUUAGUGAAGUCCAUCUUUGAUUUCAAAACGUGUUCCUCACCCCAGUGUUCCUUCGAUGGGGUCGAGCAGCCACCCGUCGUUGGAGAGUUUAUGGCAUACGCAGGGUUCUUCUACACUGCGAGGGCGCUCGGGAAUGAGGGAGCAACAGAUCUCAUUACGUUCAACAACUCAGUUAGGAAAUUCUGCCAGUCCCAUUGGACAGUGCUGAGGGCAUCUGAGGAAAGGAAAAUGAUCUCUGAUCAACACCUUAAGACUUACUGUUAUUCAGGUCACUACGUCUUCGCAAUGCUGGCGGAUGGAUACAAGUUUGACAAGGAGACCUGGAAAAACAUUAACUUCCAAAGAGAGGUGAAGAAAACCAGCAUAGGUUGGAGUUUGGGCUACAUGCUGAGUAUGUCCAACAUGAUCCCGUCUGAAGUGAAAGAAAUCCCCCCCCUGACCAACCCUGUCUUUGCCGGCCUCAUUUUUCUAUUUUCAGCCCUAACAAUCAUAACUGUUGUCUUUGUUUUCGUGUUCCUCAUUCGCGCUUGCUACUGAGAGUUUCAGUCACUAAGGAAUUGUUCUGCCAUUGUAAACCUCGGGGUUGCUGUCAACCUGCAAGUAGUGGGAGCGGGCUACAGCAGCAUUUGCCUAGGCACUGUAUUUUUUCAGGCCAAGCCAUUUACUGCCUUCAAAUUCAAUAAUGAGAGUUCACGAAAACCGAAGGAAAAGCCUCAAAAUGAAAACCUCCCGCUGUGUAUCCUUCUCCUGACAUUGAGUCUUUGAGCUCGCUUCACUUGUGUGACUGGUUUUAUUGAGCCAUUAUAAAACACCUAAAACAUGAAUGAUGCACAGAUAAUAUAAUGGAACCCAGAUAUGUCCACUAGUCGCAGAUUGAGCAAUCUUAAAAUGCCGCUGCAUUUACAAUUGUGUGAUUACAGACAUGGACCAGGUAAACCAUGAGCUAUUCACUCACUGAUUAAUUCUGUAUUACACAUGUAAUUGCACUUUAUGGAUUUCUCUUUACACACAGUAGGAUUGCCCUUUGCCGAGGCCCUUUAAGUGUUUUAUAUUAUAUACUGUAUACUGUAUAUCAGGGAUAGGCAUUCUUUGGCACAAGUACCACUAUUUUCAUAAGGUAGCUUUACCAAUGUGUGCAAGGGAGUGCAUGCACCUCUUUUCUGCAUGAAGAAUUACCUCUUCCCUUGUCAUUGGAAAGUGAUGGCUUGUUAUUUACGGUAGUUUGAUGUGAAUGAAGUCUUGUUUUUUGAAGACCCGCCCUACUCUGCCUCUGUUUGGCUACUACGUGGGCCCUUCUUAAUAGAAUGCAUCAAGUUUAUUGUUAAUUGGAGGACGGUCAAGAUCAAGAUCCAAAACAAGACUGGAGGAGGGUCAAGAGGUUAAUCAUUUCCAAUAUAUAAUACGAAUGUCCUGAUUUUGGGAGAUGCACAUUGAAUGAAAUAAUAAAAAAUAAAACAACAGACCCUUUGGA